AUGCCGCCCAACAACAAGAAAAAGAAGAAGCCCGCCUCGAACCCUGCGCGAGGAUUUGCGACAGUCUCUGUGCCCUCCAAACCCAAGCCAGAAGCCUCAGAGCCUCCAUCAUCCACAGGAACAGACUCGAAGCCAACACCGCAGAAUGAACCACAGCCUGCGGCCUCAGAGGACCGCCCAACAGGUGCGGGCGCACCACAAGCUGAUCCCUCAUUGCAAAGUUUGUCACCAGAAGAGCUUGAGAGACAUCUGGAAGAAGCCGAAUUACAAAUCUUAGUCGACAAGUUUGCCGCAAAAUGCAGAGGCGACGCGGUGCGUCAAGCUUCGAAGCUAGACACCGAACGACGGGUACUUCGGCAGCAAUCUAUUUCUUUAAACUUGCUUGACUGGCUGCCAACAGAGCUGCAAGACAGAAUUUUGGAGAUUGCAGAUACUGAAGAACAUGAAUAUUUGACAUCAAACGGCCGGAUUGCCAAUGCAAAGCAGACAGGUGCUGAAGAGGAUUUGUAUAUGAAGCUAUGGACAUUGAAAGAGACGCUCCUAAAGCUCGGAUUCUCAGAGGCCCGGGUCGAAGAUGCGUUAAAACACAUUCUCACAUACUUUGCUGGGAACCCGAUGAGCGUGAGCCGUGAGGUUGUCUGGAAUCUAGAUGAAUCGUUGGAAUGGUUGGCAAUGCACGGCGACAAGAAAGAUCUCCCAUCCUAUACCCAAUCAAACACUCGUCCAAUGAAAGACUCAGACACUGUAACGUCCUGGAUGAUUGGUCCUGAAUCGUCGAGAUCUUCAACGCCAGUUAAGCCCCAAAAUGGAAAUAGGCAAGAGAAGCCAAAAUCAGAUUGGAAAGCUGCGAAAGUAGCACCUCCUAUCUCAUAUGACUCAGACAGCUCCAUUGAUCCAGAUUCUAUGGUGCCUGAAUGGCUGGACUUGCAAACAAAACUUUACAGCCUCAAGCCUGACUACUUCGAUCGUCCUGGCAAAAGCAAAAAGACCCGUGGUUCUGCGACCAUCCAGUCUGACGACCCCGAAGUAACGAAGCUACAGCAUAAGAUUGCCAGAAUUGAGCGCGAUGUUCUCUUCGAGCGUCAAGAAGCGGAAUACAUCUGGAAAGAGAAGCUAGAAGAGCUCAGAAAGGAUGCCUCUUUUGCCCGCCGAGCAGGUGACCGGAAAAAGGAAACCAUAACUCCAGCCCCUGUGGACGAACCUAGCGCCGAGAUUCUGGAUGACCCUCUGCUGAGUGUACCGUCGCUUGAAGAAAUGGAUGAUGGUGCAGGUCUGCUCGGGGCCAUGUUCCAGGAUGAAGGUGACAACACAGGUUCAAUCUUGGAGUUUCCUCCCCCUUCUCAAGAUUCAAACUCGAGUCUCACGGUUUGGGAUUUCGGGAAGUUUACAGGUCUCAGCCCUCGGCGAGUACUGGAGGAGAAUUGCAAGGCGAGAGAUUCGUCAUGUAAGGUCGUCUACCAACACAAUUCCUCCUCUAGCUACCAUAACAGAAAGGCUGUAGAGAUUCGGUGGUCCAAGCCUCAAGAAGUGCCAUUUCUUUUGCAGGUGGAAUCGGUGACUCACAAAUCGAACGCCUUUGUUACUUUUGUGUCAAUGGACACCUUAGCUACUCCGAACGAACAGCAAGCAGAAGCCUAUGUUUCGACUCUUGCUCUAUUCAUCCUCUUCCCUCAGACAUCAAAGGAGGGCAAAGCGUAUCUGCGGCUCCCCGCCGUUUGGAGGGAUCUUUGGACUGAGUUCUCGAGCCUGAAGAAGGUUCAGGAAGACGAAGUUGACAAAGCUGCGUUGAAAGAUCUCAAGCGGCUGGUGCAAGAAAACCAAGGCAGCUUCGAAGAUGACGUGGUUUUGCUAGACAACUUCCGCAAGAGAAAUGGCACUGGAAGCAAGCCAGGAACUCCGAUGAAGGGUCACAUCCGAGAAAAUUACCUGAAUCAGGAUGAAAGGCUACAAGAGGCCUGGAACACCAAGGCAUCUACAGCGUCAUUCCUGAAAAUGAUGCCGGGCAGAAUGAACCUUCCCAUCUGGAACUUUAAGGAAGAUAUUCUCAAUACCCUUGAUACGCACCAAGCCAUCAUUAUCUGCAGCGAAACUGGAAGUGGAAAGAGUACCCAGAUCCCAUCCUACAUUCUCGAGCAUGAGAUGCUCAGUGGGCGUCCAUGCAAGGUUUAUGUGACGGAACCGCGCCGAAUCUCGGCUAUCUCUUUGGCAAGGCGAGUCAGUGAAGAACUUGGAGAGAGCAAGAACGAUGUGGGUACCAAUAGAUCCCUUGUUGGUUUUGCGGUGAGGCUUGAAAGCAAGAUCAGCUCAUCCACCCGUCUCGUAUAUGCUACCACUGGUGUCGUCGUCCGGAUGUUAGAGCGACCCGAUGACUUCCAAGACAUCACUCACGUUGUUUUGGACGAGGUUCACGAAAGAACAAUCGACAGUGAUUUCUUACUCGUUGUAUUGAGAAGACUGAUGCUGAAGCGACCAGAUCUCAAGCUGAUUCUCAUGUCCGCAACUCUGGAGGCACAGCGUUUUUCCAACUAUUUGGGCGGUGUACCAGUUCUCAACAUCCCUGGGAGAACAUUCCCCGUAGAGAUGAAGUAUCUCGAAGAUGCGAUCGAGAUGACGGGCUAUCGUCUGACUGAAGACGAUGCGAAUACCGUUGUUGAUGACGAUAUUGACGAUACGGAGGACACUAAUGGGGACACCGCUGGGGGGCUGCAGGCUAGUCUUGAUGGCUACUCCAAACAAACACGUGAAACUGUCCUCAAGUUUGAUGAGUAUCGGAUGGAUUAUCAGCUCAUCAAGCGGCUGCUUCUGACCAUCGCGACUGCUCCUGAAAUGGAUCACUACAGCAAAGCAAUCUUGGUGUUUAUGCCAGGUCUUGCAGAAAUCCGCCGCUUGAAUGACGAGCUCCUUGCCGAACCUACUUUCCAAAAAGGAUGGAUUGUUUAUGCCCUUCAUUCGUCGAUAGCUAGCGAGGACCAAGAGAAAGCAUUCAAUGUUCCUCCGGAGGGUACAAGGAAGAUUGUUAUUGCCACGAACAUCGCUGAAACAGGCAUCACAAUCCCAGAUAUUACAGCGGUAGUCGAUACCGGAAAGGAGAAGAUGAUGCGGUUUGAUGAACGGCGCCAAUUAUCUCGACUAGUCGAAUCAUUCAUAUCCCGUGCCAACGCGAAACAGAGACGUGGCCGUGCUGGACGUGUCCAGAACGGAGUCUGCUUUCAUCUGUUCACUAAGCAUCGCCACGACAAAUUGCUAGCGGAGCAGCAAACUCCAGAGAUGCUUCGGCUAUCUCUCCAAGACCUUGUCCUGCGGGUCAAGAUUUGCAAGUUGGGCGAAGUUGAACAGACUCUGCUGGAGGCUCUAGACCCCCCGUCGUCUAAGAAUAUCCGCCGGGCUAUCGAUUCGCUCAAGGAAGUUAAAGCCUUAACCAGCAACGAGAGUCUCACUCCUCUUGGCACGCAAUUAGCAAAGCUUCCGCUCGACGUGUUCUUGGGAAAACUCAUUAUUCACGGGGCAUUCUUCAAGUGUUUAGAUGCGGCAGUAAGCAUUGCUGCUAUUCUGUCAUCCAAAUCACCAUUCGUCAACACAAUGGGCUCAAACUCACAACGCGACGCGGCCCGGAAUUCUUUCCAAAGGGGCGACUCGGACUUACUGACUAUCUAUAACGCCUACUGUGGGUGGAAACGUGCCCGUAGCACUCCCGGCUCGAAUGAAUACUCGUACUGUCGGAAAAACUUUCUUAGUCCGCAGACACUGUCGGGAAUUGAAGAUGUCAAGAUGCAAUUGAUCGUGUCAAUUGCUGAUACUGGACUACUCAGUCUAGAUGGCGCCCAGAAAUCGGCACUCAACAAAGCGCGAUCUGGAAGUCGAAACCGCCAAUUCUUUGUUAUCCCAGAGGAGCAUGACCUCAACAGCAACAACGAUGUGAUUGUCAAUUCAGUUGUCGCGUGGAGUUUCUAUCCGAAGCUUAUAACCCGUGAAGGAAAGGGCUGGCGCAAUGUGGCGAAUAACCAGACUGUCACCUUGCACCCGACCUCGGUCAACAAACAUGCGGAUUCAGCGAUUAAGUGGCUUUCAUAUUACCACAUAAUGCAAGCCCGUAAUCGCAACCUCAAUGCCCACGAUACGAGCGCCGUGGACGACUUCUCUAUUGCGCUGCUGUGCGGCGAGGCAGAGUUCAAGGUAUGCGCUAACUUUAGCACAACUGAGAUGUACUCUGGGGUUGUCUCCAUCGACGCCAACAGGAUACGCUUCUCUGUUCGGGACUGGAAAUCGAUGCUUGCAUUGAAGAUCCUCAAUGGCCGACUCCGCGAUCUUCUUGCCAGUACAUUCCGUAACCCGCAUCGGCCGCUAUCAUACAAGCAGCAACAAUGGCUUGAGAUCUGGCAGCAGAUUUAUGCCCAGGCUGGCAAGCGCUGA